AUGUCCACCAAGCCACGCAGCGACUCGUCCUCCUCCACCUCGUCUACAGACCCCUACGCCAACGCGUCGGUCUUCCGCGCCUCUCCCAACUACAAGUCGGACCACCUAGACGACCUUUCGCACGGCAGCACUGCCAAAGCCCACCGCUGGUCCGGCGGCAAGAAGAAUCCGGGCAGCGGUCGCUCGCACGUCGAAGCCCGGCUGACCGGCGCCGAUCAGAUCAACCCAAGCAGGCAGGAGAACAAGGUCUCGGUCAAGAAGAACAAGGAUCUGCCCACCAAGAUGAAGAAGAACCACUCGCCCGAACAGGCCAAGAAGGUGCUCGAGGCUAUGAGCCGAGACUAG